GAGUGGCAUGCUCAUACACCUCUCCUUCUGCCCCCAGGGGGCUCCUCCUCUUCCCCGCACAGCAGCUGCGCCUCACACACACAGGCUUUGUCUAUCUCCUCGCUUAUUGUAUGUACAGCAGCAUUGCUCCUGGCUGGGUGACAGUGCGGGCACAUAGCGCUUCUUCCCAGUGUCCCGUACUGAGCGGGCACCGGCAGGCACAUGCCACCUCCCUGCUGCCUGUCACUCCCUGCUCAGGCUGUGUGAUCCGCACUCUGGGGCAGCAGCGCCGCCUCCCUGCCAUAGCGCCCUCCCCAUGUCACUUCUGGGCUACUGCUGCCUUUUAAACUCCCCGCAAUUAUAUCUCAGGUCCCUGCUGCUGCUGCUGGCACACUUCCAGCUAUAACUCCGCUCCACUGUGCUGGGACAGUCCUGGAAGUCCUGCGCGAGAGUCGCUGCCAGCAGCCCGGCCACCUGCCCACACACCGUACGCUGCUGCUGCCCCGCAGGUGACUAUGGAGAGGGAGAAGAAGACCAGCAGUUUCCGGAGGCUGGGAAGGUUCUUCAAGAGCCGACCUGCUGACCAUGAGAAAGGGGACAGCGAGGGGCUGCAAGGUGCAAGGCAGUCCGGGGGGGAGCAGCCCGGGGACAGAACUCUGUCUAGCGAGCAGCCCGCACAGGGCGCCUUUAUCCCAGAGAGCAAAAGGAAACCAUUCGGUAGCUGGAGACAGAAAAGGAAAAGUUUACCUUCUGUGUCUACAUCGCCACCCUCAUCCCCUGGCCGCUCUGACUCCAGCGACAGAUCUUAUGAUGCUCAAGAUGGCGAUCAAGAUUCAAGGGCAUAUUCGCCCACCACAGAAGACCCUCACACCUUCUUCUCCAAUGUGAAAGAACCACAUACCAAUUUACAAGAAAAUGUGGAUAAGUCUAGAUCACCAUCUGCAGAAUCACCUAAGAAAGACACCACAAAGAAACCUGUCCUGGGGAAAUUUGGGAAUCUUUUUAACUCCACUAAGAAAAAACAGAGCAAAGGUAUUGGUGAGUUGGCCACAAGCCCUACUAAUGAAAAGACACUCACUUAUAAGUCCAGUGAAAAAGAGACUGCAAGGGAGCGAAAGAGAGUUCAGAUCUCAGUAACUUCUAGCUCCAAAGUACAUACUCGGGCUUUUGGUACUAUCAGUGUACAGUCUGUAUCAGAUCAGCCUCCCCAGCACAUCUCCAAGGAAUCUGCAUUACCUGUAGGUCAAAGUGAAAAAGAAACUACAAAUAGUAACAUUGAUAUUGGACUUACUAAUGAGGAUAAAGAAAGAGACCCUUCAGUUGAAGAGGUAGUGGAAACUAGUGCUGCAGUAGCUGAAAGUCCUGCUGUUCUGCCUGAAGCCUUUUCUGACACGAGUCAAAAGCCUGCACCGAGCACAACCCCUAAAGUGGACAAGCAAAGUAGCACAGAAAAGAGUGUCCGGCCCCUGACACAGUCACCUGGGAAGAGAAUUUCUACAGAGUCCAGUGUCAGAAGACUGCAGGUAAUUUCACAAGAAAUUAAUAUUUCUAAAGAUGAGUCACCCAAAUUUUCGACAAGGAAAACUACCAAAUUCUCCAGCAGAAUAACCGACUCAAAAUUAAAAAUACCAGAUAGAUCAGUUCAUAAGUCAGACAGCACAGAAAAACUAAAUACUGCAAAAUUAACAGUGCAGGUCCCAUCACACAAUCAUACAGUGGACCAAGAGGCAGUGGCAGCAGAAUUGAACUCGUCUUGUGAUGCGGAAGAUCCCAGUAACGGAUCAAAUAAAUCGGCAAGUAUAAGUGACGCCUCACCUGCUCUCAGUCCUACAGAGAGUGAUAUCUUUGCUGGAUCAGAGCAAGAGAAGCCAGGAGGAAACGGUUCUAGUGACAACACAAGUAUUGCAAAGGUUUUAUCUUUUGAUAUCUAUCUAAGUAAAACUGUUGGGACAAGUUCUCCAACAUCCACAAGAGCCUGCAGCAACGGAGAGGCAAUGGAAAAAAGUCCCAUUAACAGAAAAAAUAGCAAGAAGAGACGCUCACUAAAGUCUCAGAGUAGUCAAAAUGAUGAAAAGAAAACAGAGAAUACUCCCCUGCACGACAAUGUGUUUGAGUAUAACUUUGAAGGGGUUAGGGAAUAUUCCACCUCUCCUGAUAGUAAUAUAAAACCUGUCCCUCUGUCACCAGAGUAUAAUGGCACUGCAUCAGCCAACCAAGAAAUAAAGGCGGGAGCUAAUCACAAACUGUUGCCCAAGGGUGAUUCAGACAAAGAUAAACAGGAACACCCAGCCUCCAGCCCUAUGAGGAAAAAAAGUCAGUCUGCCUGGGUUCCCUCUUCUCCAACAGCUCGGAAAGCACAGACUAGAGAUCCUCUGUUUAGAAAUCAAGCUGCAGCAGCCUCUGCCAAAGCAACUGAGUUUAACCAGGCUGUUCCUGUUUCUACAACAAAAGACGCCUACGUGGAAAAGGCAUCUGUUUCUGAUUCCUUAACUGGACGUGGUUGGGAAAACUUGUGUGAUACUUCUGGGGAUAACAGCCCGACAGCUGCAGGUAUUCUCUCUCAGGACAGGAGGACAAAACAGGAGAACAUCCAAGGAGUACAGAGACAGCAUUCCCGCAGCAGGAUUGAUUCGGAUAGUCCUACCCAAUCCCCUGAUUUACUUGCUUCAAAACCCCAAACUCCUCUGAAUGGCAGCUCCAAAUCCACAGUGACCUCAAAGCUCAAUAUCCCCCCAAAACCAAAGAAUGUGGAACUGCCCAUUAGGCCCAAGGUUGUUGAUAAUAUAGAUGAGGCUACAACUGAAGCGCACUUCCCCAAAGGGAACAUUGCUAGCAAAGUUUCUUUAUUUGAGAAUAAAAGAACAAGCCACAGGCAGAUAGAUUUUUAUGCAACAAAGAAUAUUUCCCAGCCAAAGAAAUUUGUUGAAAGAGCCAAACUGAAUUUUGGGAAACAGGUAAAAGGGGCUGGCCUGAAAGACAGUAGCUCGUCAGUGAAAUCAACCAGCGACAUUCACACUGCCAAUGGCAAAAAGUCUGAAAAUGGUCAUUGUGAAAUAAAGGCAGACACAAGUCAGACAGAGAUUGCCAAUCAUAAGGUGGAUCAUAAACCACGGGAAGACCGUACAGUAACUCUGACCAAUCAGAUGCAGAUGGAAGACAACAGAAAUGGUUUGGAAGCAGAAGGAGAACCCGUAACGCCCCAGUCAGAAAGUAUUUUACCUUCAGUACUGGAUAAAAAACACAAUGAUCAUCCUGUUGAACUAAGCAAGUGUGAUGUCCCUUUAAGUGAGAAUAAUACCACACUUAGUGAUGAUUUACAGUUGACCAGUAAUACAGAAGACACAUUGCUACAUUCAUCUCAAGACUCUGCUGAUAAUUUAGCUGGGGAUAUUACUCCUUUGGAAGGUGGUGUGGGUUUUAGAUUAGAUUCUACGUAUACAGAUAUGGGUAAUGCACACAAUUCAGUAAAAAAAGAGCCUAUUGUCUCAACAGAUGUGCCCAAUGAUUGCCUGACUCAAGACUCCAACCCAUCACAUUUAGAUGCUGUAGACUCUGUUUUGAAGUCUUCAGUACCUUCUACCACAGAUCAGAAGCAAAUAAAUGACUGUAAAACAGUACUUGACAAAGACCGAAAAGCACAAGCACAGCCCACUGACGGAAAGGACAUCACCAAGUCACCUAAAACAAGAACGAACAAAAAGAAAACUCAAAUAGAAGAACCCAUAAACAAUGAUGCCAAAAAAGAACUUCAAAAGGAAGACAUCCUUAUCCUGCAUACAAAUGAUACCAAAUCUGAGGAUACCUGUUACUUACCAGGUAUUGAAAACCUAAAUGGAGAUGUUCAAGCACAGUCUGAACCAUUAACAGAAACCGAGGAAGUACAGAAUCCAUUAACAGAAACCGAGGAAGUACAGAAUUGUGUAGAAGGUCUUAGGGAACAUGAUUUGUUACAAAAAGAUAUGAUAAAUGAAAGCAAGAGUCUACCAACUGCUGAAUCAUUGACUUUGGAUGCAAUUAUUCAACCAAGCCGUGAAGAACCUAUGGCUGGAGAGGUAAACAAUGUUUCACCGAUUUCCACAACAUGCUCAGUUGAAACCAAUAAUGGACCUGCUAUUCAAACCAGUAAUGAACCAGAGGCUGAAAAUUCCUGUGUUAAGUCGGUUUCACCACAAAGUGACGUAAGCCUACACCAGGCAUUGGCAAACUCUCUGGAUGGUGGGGAGCCAUUACGUGAAGGUUGCUCCUCACAACAGAAUGGCUUUUCUGUAGAGUCUAAUAAAAAUGAAAGUGAACAGAUCACUCUGUGUAGUGAUAUUUCAGCCAAAGAAAGCAGCCAUGUAGUCCUGCAGAAUAUCACUAAAGACAUUGUCUCGUGUCCAGAAGCAGGAAAGGAGAAUUUGGCUCAGUACACCAGUUAUGAAAAUGAAGUGAAAUUAGCAUCGGAUAUUGAACAGGAAGAUAAUUCACAAAAGGUUUCUGAUCUGCCAGUGACUGAAAAUAAACACUUGAGUGAAUGUAGUGUUGAUGUGGUUGCAGAAGAAAUAUCAGAAGAUCUUAUAAAUACUGAAAACCAGCACAAAAAUGUUUUGAGCAAAGUUGAUAAGAAAGAAGUAGACUUUAAUAUUGACGUUGGUAACAAUAAUAGUAGUGAUGUGAAUGUGGACAAUUUGGACCUGGUGGUUUCUAGUAUACGUGAAAAUGGUUGCAUUGGUGACCCAGGUUCUAACACUUCUACUAAUGGAACCCUCCAUCCUACAGAGGAUCUUGCUGAGAAUCUCACCAAUGUACAACAUAGCCCUGAUGGCAGUUUGAACGCCUCCAUAGCAAGUGAGGAAAGUUCUUUAGAUUCAUCUUCAGACAUGGAAAAGUUUGCUGAAGCAAUCAGGAAGUUAGACAGCUCAAUUACAGUGCCUCAGAAGAGAAAAAAGCCCAGAACACCUAAAUCUCCAGGUCCAUAUUGUGGUUUACCACCUAUCCGUGAGGAUUACUUGGAAAAAAUACUGGAUACUGAAUCAUUCUCCUUUGGCUUAGGGAAGAAAGAUAGAGCAAAGGAGCUAGCACCAAUGGCAUUAUUUAAACUGCAAAGCAAAGAAACUGCUGAGAAACAGAGGCCAAAGCGGGCAUCUGCUGAACAAAGCAUGAUUUUGAAAUCUCUGAGAUCACACAAAGAGCCACUUCCGUCACCACAGGAAACAUGUGGCAAGGAAAAAGCAGAUGUUGUAGACUUAGCAGUGAAGAGAUCUCGCAUAGAGUCCAUUUAUUCCAACUUCAAAUCACCAUUUGCAGCAAGAACUGAAGAGAAUGUGUUCUCUCCCACCGUCACUACAGUCAGCACUAUAACUACCUCCUUCGACACGCCCAGAAUGGAGUUUACUCCCCUAGGCAAAAACUGUGAUCUUCUAACUACAGACUCCGCCGAGACAGUUCAUACAUUAGUACAGGAAGGUAAAGGUGAUUUAACACUGCAGUCCUCAAAUUACUCACAAAGUGACUCUGCACAGCAAGUGUUAUCCACACCUGUGCUCAGCAUGGACAGUCACCUGGAAUCCAGUAACCAAGAACACGCUGACUUGCCAGUAACACUGCCUAGUUUUAACGGCCACACUGAGGUAAACCAUAGUACACCUGAUGGAAGCAGGAGCGUGUUACCAUUUGAAAGCACUCCAACAUUAGACAAAGCUGCAAAAGACGUUUCAGAAGUCUUUUAUUUUAAGGGCCAAGAUCAAAGUUCCUUUAUGCCAAGCCUCAGUUCAGAGGUAUUUUCAAUGACAGGUGCUGAGAAAAUCAACCCCAGACCAGGAAAGGUGGUGAUUAUUUCGGAGCCUGAAUUUGGAGGUGCUGUGUUUGAAGUGUUUUCCGAUGUGAUGGAUUGUUCUUCUUGGGAGCUCUCGCCUACAAUUUGCAUCAAAACCAUAAGGGGAUGUUGGAUACUUUAUGAACAACCUAACUUUGAAGGGCGAAGCAUUCCAUUGGAGGAAGGUGACCUAGAAGUCAGUAAUCCUUGGGCAGAUGGUUCAGAGGAAGAAAAUUCUCUUUCACCAGUAGUGAUUGGAUCUUUGAGACAUGUGGUAAAGGAUUACCGCAUUUGUCAAAUCGACCUGUUCACAGACCCAGAAGGCUUAGGGAUUAUGACGUCCUAUUUUGAUGAUACAGAAGAAUUGCAGGUGUAUGGAAGACUACAGAGAACUUGCUCCAUUAAGGUGCAUUGCGGAAUAUGGUUGGUUUAUGAAGAGUCUGGAUUCCAAGGAGUACCAUAUAUUUUGGAGCCUAGAGAGUACCCUGACCUUUCAUUUUGGAAUACCCAGGAAGCAUACAUCGGAUCAAUGAGACCUUUGAAAAUGGGAAGUCGCAAAGUUGAAAUACCAUAUGAGCCAAAGAUAAUUAUAUUUGAAAAACCCAUGUUUGAAGGGAGACAAGUGGAGCUGGAAAAAGAAUUAUUGACUUUUGCAAAUUUAGAAACACUAGAAGGAAAUGGAGAGGAGCCAGAACUUCAUUUUACGACUGUUGGGUCUAUGAGAGUUCUCAGUGGGUUAUGGGUUGGCUAUGAGAAGCCUGAAUUUGAAGGUCACCAGUAUUUUCUGGAGGAAGGUGAUUAUGAGGAGUGGAAUCAAUGGGGCGGUUACAACGGAUUGCUGCAGUCAUUACGUCCUAUUUUAUCUGACUUCUCAACACCACACAUGACAAUGUACAGUGAAAAGGACCUUGACGAAAAGGCACCAAACAUCAAUGUCCUGGGUAUCAUAUCAAACAUGGAAGAAACUGGAUUUGGUGUGAAGACGCAAUCCAUUAAUGUAGUAAGUGGAGUGUGGGUAGCUUAUGAAAGCCCUGACUUUACCGGGAAGCAGUACAUACUGGAGAAGGGACUGUACUAUGACUUUAGCGACUGGGGAGGCAAGAAUUGCAAGAUUUCCUCGGUCCAACCAAUAAUUCUGGAAAGCAUUGAAACUCCCGGAGGAAAUUAUAAGGUUGAAUUGUUUUCAGAACCAGAUUUUCAAGGCCAAAGCCAAGUAUUUGCAGCAGAUAUCAAUCAUUUAGAGGAGGAAUUUAAAGUAAUGUCAUGCAAGGUUACUUCAGGCAGGUGGGCUGCAUAUGACAAGGUAGAUUUCUCAGGAAACCUGUGGGUAUUAGAAGAAGGAAUAUACCCUAAUUUAUGUGCAAUGGGUUGUCCAAAUGAUAUAGUUCUUAAAUCUUUGAAGAUUAUAAACUAUGAAUUUUCGGAACCAAAUUUAGUACUUUAUGGAAAAGAGAACCACAGAGGAAGAAGAGUCAUACUUGGCAGUGAAACAACGGAUCUGCAGGCAAUGGGCUACUCUACAGAUAUACAAUCUCUGGAGGUCCUUGGGGGGAUAUGGGUCUUUUAUGAAUACACGAAUUACAGAGGUCAGCAGCUAUUAAUAUCGCCAAGCAAGAUUGCACAGUGGCAACAAUUCAGUGGAUGGAAUAAAGUUGGAUCUCUGCGUCCCCUUCGACAGAAACGACUGUACUUCAAGCUCCGGAACAAGGGUAAUGGGAUGCUCAUGUCAACCAAUGGAAACCUGGAUGAUAUUAACCUCCUGAGGAUACAGGUCAUGGAGGACACAGGAGCUGAAGAUCAGAUAUGGGUUUACCAAAAAGGAAUCUUAAGGUGUCGGAUUGCUGAAGACUGUAGCCUUGCUAGUGCAGGGACACUGAUUACGGCAGGUUGCAAGCUUAGCUUGAGUCUAGAACAGAGCGGAACAAGCAUGCGUUGGAGCGUCAAACCUGAUGGCAGGAUCUACAGCUGCUCAAAGCCAAAUCUUGUUUUAGACAUCAAAGGGGGCAGUCAGUAUGAUCAGCAACAUGUUGUCUUGAACCCCGUUACAGAAGGGAAGCUCACCCAGCUGUGGGAAAUGUGUGUGCUAUAAUGAGACACUGCUAUGGACCUUGAGGUGCCAAUAAACAGACACAUUGCAUUGUUGGUGCUAUGCACUAUCUGCCUGCACUGCUAUUGGGAGCUCCUCAUCCUAACCCUUACAGAGGACAUGUUUACUACACAGCUGAGGAUGCAGAGGUUUCAGCUGCUUACAAAUUAGAUGCUAUAUCCAGAUGGAUUUCUAAUAACCUGCAUUUGUUUAAAAAGUAAAGCCUCUGCAAUGAAAUCUCAUGUAAACCUUCUGGCACAGUCCUGUUUAUUGGACUAGCAACGUGGAUCCAGUGACGGAUUAGCCUAGACAUGUAUAUAGACUAUAUAUGAGGUGACUAGAUUCUAUUACAGACUUUUUAUCAUGGAAAAUUUUAUCAUCUGAGUGAUAUCUACGCUGUUUUUACUAUAGACAUUCAAUCAUAAUUAACAGUAUUUGCUAUGCCUUAAUGGAAAGUAUGCUCACAGAACCCGAGAGUUCACCAGCACUGUGGAGCUGUAUAUUCCAGAACCCAACAAGCGUUUACAGGAUGUUUCUUUCUCACAUACAUCAGUCUCGGCUCAGCAUAGCCUUGAAAAAAAUAUUGUAUUUUAUGUGUGUGUGUUUUGUACCUAUUAUUCAGAAUCUUAGGACUUCUCCAUAAGGGUUUUUUGUGUAGUUUGGAACAUCAUGCUUAAAAUAUUUUAAAGUACGUUUAUAUUACCCAUACUCCCUUCCUCAUUAAAUGGUUUAGCUGGGCUAUCUACCGUGAAGCAAGGAGGAAAUGCUCAGUGAGAGUUUCUGCUUGUAGGGCAAUGGGAGAGAUAGUAAAAUCGCAUUUGCCGAAGAGGUGAAUCGUAUUCUUCCUCUUUCAUUGUUUCUGUGCAUGCACCGGUCUAACACCUGCCAGUGGCACAAUCCGUGGCUGCAUAUUCCGACAGCAAGGGACAGUGCUGUGUGUGCGGUAGCUGGAGCUGUAGAAAUCAAUAACUGUACAUGUUAGAACAGUCAGUGCCACUGAUCGGUCAUAACUUUGAAAAUUCGUCUGGUUCACUAUCUAGAUAUAACGUCUUUUAUAAUGACAUGGCCGCUUAGUGUCCCUGCCAUUCUGAUUACUUCCCUGCAUUAUUACAUGCAGAAAAGCAGUAACUGCAACACAGAACUUGUGCAACUACCACUAAUACAUUUAACAACCAUUCAUACAUCUCCCUCAAUAUUACUGAAUCUAAUACCUGUGUGUGUAUACUUAUAAUGAUAUGUUCUUAUUCUAGUUUUUACUUCCGCAAAAUGUUGUGCUGUUCUGAAACAUGGUUAGUAACAAUGACCAGAUGCCUUCGAAAGUAUCGCAUUUUGUAAGGUCUAUCCUGUUAUAUACAGUAGUACCAGUGGCAUCACUACUGGGGUAUGGGUGGCACCCAGGUGCCACCCGCUGAGGGGUCACAACAAAAUGCAGGCUCCUGCUCAGUGACAGGAGAUGGGUGCGACACUGUAACAUUACGUGCAGCACCUGACUUCUGUCACAGUGUAAGACCCAACACUGCAGCCACAGCAAUCUCCAGGUGCAACACGCAUCUCCUGGAGUGAUGGAAAUGGGGUUUGGGACGCUAAGCCUCGCAUGGGCCCUUCUCUACCGCACUGGGUGUCAGAGAAGUAAGGGACACCACUGAGUGGUACUACUGUUAGAUAAAAGACAUGGUUUUCAUGGGAAUUUGAUAUUAUGGGCCUUUUUAUGUGUGUGUCUUGUGUGAUUUCAGAGUCUGGUCUUUUAACAGUUUCUGUAAUCCAAACAUUUAAAGAGGCAAAGUGACUGUAUGUAUACUAGAUUUACAUUACGCAAGUAACCCCUAAACCGAUCCUAAAUAAUGUCACACUUAUGUGGUGUAGCACUGAUAUGAACUUCGCACCUUAAGGAGAGACACGAAUUAUAAAAUUACACUGGAAUUUUAAAGCUUUAUUUUAGAAUAUCGCAAAGAAAUCUAUAAAUGUUUUUAUUUAAACAAUUUAAAAAAAGCAUACAAAAUGUGCCUUACCUAUUUCACUUUACGUGAACCAAAAACUACGAUUGUGUGUUCUGAAAAGUUAUCCAGCAUAUGGGAGUUAACUGCAAAUAGUUCCUGUUCUGUUGUUUCUGUAUAUUUCUUAUGGUGGAUUUUUUUUUUAUAGAAACUUAACAAAAUUGGAAAAUAAAUUGGACAAAUAUUCUAAAUAAAAUCUGUGUUUUAUUAAUCUCAA